AAUUCAUUGGCGUGUCGUACCUUGUCCUCCAUCCUUCAAGAAUAUCACGAACUUCAUCGCUUCCCUUGGUCGGCCGACGACAAUUAGCUCAAGAUGCUGUCUGGCGUCCUUCUUUUUAACUUGAAAGGUGAAAACCUCAUCUUUCGCAGCUUCCGAAAUGACUGCCGCCCUCGCCUUGCCGAUGUCUUCCGCAUUCAAGUCAUCAGCGCUCGGGAAACCCGGUCGCCGAUCCUGACACUCGGAAGCACUACCUUUAGCCAUGUCAAGCAUGAAAACAUUUACCUGGUGGCUAUUACUAAGAGCAAUGCGAACGCUGCUCUUGUGUUUGAGUUUCUCUACCGCCUCAUUCAGCUCGGGAGGGGUUACUUUGGCAAGUUUGACGAGGAGGCCGUCAAGAACAACUUCGUGCUUGUCUACGAGCUGCUAGAUGAGAUUGUCGACUUUGGAUAUCCUCAAAACACCGAAACGGAUACACUCAAGAUGUACAUCACGACCGAAGGCGUCAAGUCCGAGCACCGCCCAGAAGAUUCAGCCAAGAUCACAAUGCAAGCCACAGGCGCCUUGUCAUGGCGUAAAGCAGACGUCAAGUACCGCAAGAACGAGGCAUUUGUCGAUGUCAUCGAAGACGUGAACCUCCUGAUGUCUGCUGCUGGUGCUGUGCUGCGCGCCGACGUCACGGGCCAAAUUGUCAUGCGCGCAUACCUUUCCGGGACACCCGAGUGCAAGUUUGGCCUGAACGACCGACUGCUACUUGACGGCGACGGCAUGAUGAGUCUACCAUCGGGAAACCGCAUGGGCACCAAGGCUACCAAGGCCGCAGCUGGCAGCGUUACGCUCGAGGAUUGCCAAUUCCACCAGUGCGUCAAGCUCGGCAAAUUCGACUCGGACCGAAUUAUCAGCUUCGUGCCUCCCGACGGAGAAUUCGAGCUCAUGCGAUACCGUGCAACUGAGAACGUGAACCUGCCUUUCAAGGUCCACGCCAUCGUCAACGAGAUUGGCAAGACAAAGGUCGAAUACAGCAUCGGCGUGAAGGCCAAUUUUGGUCCUAAACUCUUUGCUACCAACGUUAUCGUUCGCAUCCCCACGCCGCUGAACACAGCCCGCAUAACAGAGCGUUGCACUCAGGGUAAAGCCAAGUACGAGCCGUCCGAGAACCACAUCAUCUGGAAGAUUGGCCGAUUUGCCGGCCAGUCCGAAUAUGUCCUGUCUGCCGAGGCGGAACUCACAAGCAUGACCAGCCAAAAGGCCUGGAGUCGGCCACCUUUGAGCAUGAAUUUCAGCCUUCUUAUGUUUACAAGUAGCGGUCUACUGGUACGAUAUCUCAAGGUCUUUGAGAAGAGCAACUACAGCAGUGUCAAGUGGGUUCGAUACCUGAGCAGGGCUGGAAGCUACGAGAUAAGAUUUUGAUGUUUAUUUAUUAUGGUUUAAUCUGGGCAUGGCGUGGCGUUUGGGGCUUGUUUGUCUUGGCGAUGAGUCGCGUUGACUGGGUGACCUGGAAGGCACUUGACCUAUCUAAGUUCCACCAUAUAUAUCCUGUUCAUUUUGUGUGGCCUCUACCUUGGCAUACACCCUGUUGUUUCCUCAAAAAAACGUUUACUACUAACGAGAAUUUGCCGAUGUUAGCAUCAUCUGCAUUUGUCUUUGCGGAGUCGGGGAGGCAUUUUGACUUACGAUCUCAAUCCAGCGAGCCAUCCACUUGUCUACGACAGCUUUUGCUUCAUCCACAAGCCCGAGUUCUACAAGUUGUUAGAAAAUGUCAUCACAAACAAUGGGAAAGCAAUCAGGAGACUCACCCAGCAAUAGCUGCACGCCUCCCCGAAUGCCACUUUCGAGAGCUGAGGAG